AUACGAACACUUUGCGGUUACCAAAGCAACAGAAGUAAACUAUAUUAGUCGGAAACAUGCCGGUAUUAGUAAAAGAUUAUGAAUGGGAAGAGACCGAAACCAAUAUUCUCAUCAAAGUUGCUCUAAAAGGAAUACACAGCAGUAAAGCUGGUGUAUUAACGUCUCGUGAAUAUCUAAAGGUGAACUACCGACCUUUUCUCUUUGAAUGUUUUCUUCGUGAAAAAGUCGACAAUGCUGCAAGUUCUGUACAGCUAAAAAAUGGAGAAGUGGUCUUUUUGCUGUUAAAGUUAACACCUGGUCUCUGGACUAAAUUGCAGUCUGAUAUAGUGGGUGACAAGGCUGCGAUGAAACUCGUGCGGGACAAAGCAAUAGAGGAAUCACAGAAAGAAGCAGAAGAGGCAAAAAAUAGACGAGCCGAGACAAAAAGACUAAAUGAGAAAUAUGCUUUGAAAAAGAUGAUGAAAAUUGAAGACGACAUGAGAGAACGGAUUCACAACAUCAAAGAACAUGAAAAACAGAAAGCAACUGAAGAAAUCGAGGAAUGGAAAGCCAAACAAAAAUUAUUAGCUGAACAGGUUCUUAUUCUUUUAUACAUUUUAGCCCUAAGGCUGUGGCCAUGCUGGAGCACCACCUGGUUAAGGAAACAGGCUGAAGCCACUCGGAUAAAGGAAUUUAUGACAAAGGAUCUCACUGAGGAAGAGAAAAACCCCCUCUUUUUGAGAGAUAAAGGAAAUAAAUUCUUCCAAGAUGGGAACUAUUUGGCAGCCAUUAAUAUAUAUACUCAUGCUAUUCAACUUGAUUAUAAAAUGCCAGCUUUAUAUUCUAACCGAGCUGCUUGCCACCUUAAAGUAAAGAAUUAUAUGAAAUGUAUUGAAGACAGUUCAAAGGCUUUGGAUCUGCUCAUGCCUCCUGUACCUCAGAAUGCCAGCAGCAGGUGUAAAGCUUUUGUGAGAAGAGGAACGGCAUUCUGUAAACUGGAGCUUUUUGUGGAAGGUUUACAGGACUAUGAAGCUGCCCUGAAAUUAGAUCCCAACAACGAACAACUUAUCAAAGACGCUGAAGAGAUACGGAGAGUGAUUCAGAGUUGAAAUGGAGAACUCAGUCCAUUUCCUGUUUUAUUGUAAAUUCUUGUGAACUUGUUUUACACUUUAAAUAAAUUUGCAAUAAAAAUUAGUUUAUCAACAUUGUGAGAAA